AUGGCAAGCUCAGCACCACUGUCCCCUACUUAUUCAGGGUUCAUCAGCACUACUCUUGAUGCCGCCAUCAUCAUCGAAGCCUGUCUUUCUGGUCGACUCAACCAUGUUGCUCGCCGUCCCCAUGACCGGGAACGCCAGCAACUAAUCCAGAGCGGGAAUGUUUUUGUGUACGAGGAAUUGGCCUCGGGAAUCAAACGGUGGACAGACAGCGUCGCAUGGAGCCCAAGUCGGAUCUUGGGUAACUUCCUGAUAUAUCGGGAGCUGGAGCAGCCAUUUGCUCCAGGGCAGAAGAAGCGAUCAAUCAAGAAGGGCGGCAAGAAGCAAGGCGGUAUCACAAAGUCCCACAACCAACGACCCAGAGCCGAUAGUUUGCCUAUCCAACCCAUCAACAGCAACGGCCAACCGAUGGUCGACGAAGACCGAGAACUAAUAGGUUCACUCGUCGACUCCUACGAUUUCAAGGCUGGUGGUCUCGUGAAGAAGACCAUUAGUGUUAACUACAAGGGCAUCGCUCAUCACCUUGUCAGCUACUACAGCAUCGAAGAUGUCAAGGCCGGACGUCUUAUUCCACCCUCACAGCACUCCGACCUCCGACGAGUAGUUCCUCGCCAAGAACUCAUCUCUCAACCGACCUAUCGCGAACCCGCCGUGACUGAAGAGUAUGCACAAUACAACACUCACGUCUGGUCACAAACACGUGACACAAUACCACGUGAGAGCCUACAACUCCUUCCGCAACAUGGACUGCACAACUACAUGGACCACCAGUACUUUGCAUUGGGGAACCAUUAUGCUCCUGACCCUUCUGCUUCAGCGGCCAACUAUGCCACUGCCCCCGUCUAUUCUGCCGGACCUGUCUAUGCCGGCGGGACUAACUAUUCUCACGGGUCUGCCUAUGCUCCCGGUCCCAGCUCCGGCCCCGGCUCCGGCCCCAGUCCAGGCUCCGCCUAUGCUAAUGGCCCCACCCCCGCUAAUGGCCCUGCAUACACUCAAAGUCCAGCGUACACUCAGAGUCCCGCUUACAAUCAGAGUCAAGGCCCGGGUUUUUACUUUCCAUAA